UAUUCUUUGAAUAUGUUAACGACUCGUGGAUCAUUCCUUAUAAGAAAUUCUUUGUGAAGGCAUGGACGAACAAAGUUAUGCAUUUGGGGAAUACAACAUCAAACAGGGUUGAGUCUGCUCACUGGAGUCUGAAGAAAGUUCUUGGAAGUAGUAUGGGAGACCUUUGUUCGUGUUGGGAUGGAAUUCACAACGUUAUUAUCUUGCAACACAACGAAAUUAAGGCGUCUUUUGAAAGAAGUAUAAAUCUGAUCAGUGACUCUUACAAGGCAUUGAGUUAUAGAAGAUUAGUGGGUAAUAUUUCUAGAUGUGCCUUAGAACUCCUUGCUCCAGAGUUGGAAAGAGUAAAGAAGAUUGGAUUCGAUAGUAGUCGUUGUGGCUGCAUUCUCAGACAAACUUAUGGUCUACCAUGUGCGUGUGAAUUAGCAUGAUAUGAUCCUGGGAUUAUUCCUCUCCAAGAAAUUCAUGUCAUGUGGACUAGGUUGAGCUUCUCCAAUGUCUCGUCUUCACAAUCUGAAGGGCAAUUAUCUAUUCAGAGGGAGGUUGAUCUACUGCUUAAUCUUUUCAAAGAAGUUGAUAUUGCAGGAAAAGUGACCAUAAAACAUAAAUUACUUGACAUAGUUAGCCCUUCCAUGACAUCGAUGUUACCACCACCGAGUAAAGUUAAGACGAAAGGUGCAGCUAAGAGUCAUAGAUCAAAGAAGUCAACCAAACGUGAUCCCUCCUAUUUUGAGCAUGUGGACGCCUUCAUAGAGUCCUCAAGACAAGACACAUUUGUUGCAAAAACAGAAAACAAGGUGAAGAGCAAACGUGUAAUUGAAGAGAAAGUAAUACCCAUGCUAGAACAGUUCAAUCCUGUUUUUCAUCCAUAUAUACUCGAUGUUGUCGAUGUUGUGGCGGACGGUCAUUGUGGAUAUAGAUGCAUUGCUGCAUUGUUGGGUAUGGGUGAGGAGUCGUGGCCUCUAAUCAGACAUGAUCUAUACAAAGAACUUAGCCAAUGGCGAGAUGAAUAUGCAACGUUAGUUGGAGGCUAUGAUCGUCUGGAAGAACUGAGAAAGUCUUUGCUAGUUCAAUCACCAUCAGGGGCUAAUCGAGACAAGUGGAUGACUAUACCAGACAUUGGGUAUGCGAUUGCUAAUCGGUAUAAUGUAAUUCUCGUGUGCUUGUCAUCAGUUCAGAAUUUGACUAUAUUCCCACUUCGUACAUCCCCACCUACUUCGCAAAGUCAACAUCGACUAAUUUGUAUCGGACAUGUUUACAAUUCUCAUUUUGUUCAGGUUCGUCUACAAGAAGGCUGUCCAUUACCGACAGUGGAUAUCAUAUCAUCUAGCAAUUGUUACCCAAAGGCAAAAGGGUGGGCAUCAUUUUAUAGAGAUAGGAUGCAAGCAUUCCUAGAUUUACACAUAGUGGAUCGUAGUUAUGUAGAUCUCAUGGAAGACUGAUAUUUGUUGAUUGUAUUUAAGUAUUUCACUGUUGUAGU